AUGACACUUUACAACCACAGCCAUGUUAGUCCUACCACCUUCAUUCUGAUGGGCAUCCCAGGCCUGGAGGUCUCCCACUUCUGGAUCGCGUUCCCGUUCUGCUCCAUGUAUGUCAUGGCUGUCCUGGGUAACCUGGUUGUCCUGCUGGUAGUCUGGACAGAGCCAGGGCUGCACCAGCCUAUGUACCUCUUCCUCUGCAUGCUCUCUGCCAUUGAUUUGGUUCUCUGCACCUCCACAGUGCCCAGGCUCCUUGCUCUCUUCUGGGCAGGCACAGCUGAGAUCACCUUUGGUGCCUGUGCUACACAGAUGUUCUUCAUUCACGGCUUCUCAGCUGUGGAGUCAGGCAUCCUGCUGGCCAUGGCCAUUGAUCGGUAUGUGGCCAUCUGUCGUCCUUUACGCUAUGGUACCUUGUUGCCAUUGGGGACUGUAGGCUGUAUGGGUUUGGCUGCUGUAUUCCGGGGCCUUGGGCUCAUGACCCCACUAACCUGCCUCCUGGCAAGGCUGCAUUACUGUGGCCAGGUGAUUGCUCACUCUUACUGUGAGCACAUGGCUGUGGUGAAGCUAGCAUGUGAUGACACACGUGCCAAUAAUGUGUAUGGCAUCACUGCAGCUACGCUGGUUGUGGGUACUGAUUCCAUCUGCAUUGCACUCUCCUAUGCUCUCAUCCUGAGGGCAGUGCUAGCACUUUCCUCCAAGGAGGCACGAGCCAAGACCUUUGGGACUUGUGGUUCCCACCUUGGGGUCAUCCUGCUUUUCUAUACUCCGGGCCUUUUUUCUUUCUAUACCCAGCGGUUUGGGCAACAUGUACCACGCCAUGUGCAUAUACUCCUGGCUGACCUGUACCUUGUGGUGCCCCCUAUGCUGAACCCCAUUAUUUAUGGCAUGAAGACCAAACAGAUCCGGGAUGGAGCAUUGCGGUUGCUACAGAAGGGCCCAGUUCAGGCCUAA